AUAAUGUUUUGGCUUGUGUUGUCAUGACAACUAGAAUAGAAACUUUGAAAGAGAACAUUUUUUCAAGUUCUAAAUAGUUCGUCGUCGUGAGAUCGGUAUGUUUAUUCAGAAUGUACAGAUCAAGGAUGGAGAAUAUACAAAGACAAUUUAUACUAUGAUCAAAGAACAACGAUACAAUGAUGCAAUACAAGUGUUAACCAAUGUACUGGAAACAAAUCAAGCAUCAAGAGCAGGCCUGUCUCUUUUGGCAUUCUGCUACUUUUACACUCAGGAUUUCAGAAAUGCAGCUGAGUGUUAUGAGAAACUGACCCUUCUCCAGCCUGAAGAAGCAGAGUAUCACCUUUACUAUGCUCAAUCUCUGUACCAGGCUUGUCUUUAUGAGAACGCAAUGAAAGUUACUGCCCAGAUUAAUGAUCCAGCUUUUCAAGGAAAGAUUACAAAACUAAAAGCAGCCAUAAAGUAUGGAGAGGAAGACCUUGCUGGGGCAAAGAGUCUUGUAGACAGCAGUCCAGAGGAUGAUCCAGACACAGAAAUCAACCAUGGCUGUCUUCUAUAUAAAGAAGGUCGCUUUGAAGAUGCACUACAAAAAUUCAGUACAGUUCUUCAAGUGCUUGGGUACAGUCCUCAUCUUUCCUACAAUGUUGCUCUCUGUUAUUACAGGUUGAAGGAAUAUGCUCCUGCAUUGAAACACAUAUCCGAUAUAAUUGAACGUGGGAUCUGUGAACACCCUGAACUAAGUGUAGGCAUGACAACAGAAGGUAUCGAAAUGAGAAGUGUUGGUAACACUCUCACGUUGCAUGAAACUGCACUUAUUGAAGCCUUCAACCUGAGAGCAGCCAUUGAAUAUCAUCUCAAAAACUUUGAAUCAGCCAGAGAAGCACUCACAGACAUGCCACCUCGCUCAGAAGAAGAAUUAGAUGCUGUUACACUCCACAACCAAGCACUGAUGAACAUGGAAACUAAACCUACUGAAGGCUUUGAGAAACUUCAGUUCCUGCUGCAGCAGAAUCCAUUUCCUCCUGAAACAUUUGGAAACUUACUUCUUCUAUAUUGCAAGUAUGAGUAUUAUGAUCUGGCAGCUGAUGUUCUAGCAGAAAAUGCCCACCUCACGUACAAAUAUCUUACGCCAUACCUCUACAAUUUCUUGGAUGCUCUAAUAACUCAACAGACAUCAGCCGAGGAAGCAUAUCGUAAGUUUGAUGAAAUUGCUUCCAAGCAUACCGAAACACUUCGCAAGCUGACCAAACAGGUGCAGGAAGCAAGACAAAACCAUGAUGAUGAAUCUGUAAAAAGAGCUGUAGGCGAAUAUGAAGAUGCAUUAGAAAGGUAUAUUCCAGUGCUGAUGGCACAGGCUAAAAUAUACUGGGAUUUGGAAAACUAUGCUCAGGUUGAAAAGAUUUUUCGCAAGUCUGUGGAGUUCUGCAAUGAGAAUGAUAUAUGGAAGCUAAAUGUUGCUCAUGUACUCUUUAUGCAGGAGAACAAAUUUAAGGAAGCUACAGGUUUUUAUGAACCAAUUGUUAAAAAACAUUAUGAUAAUAUUCUGAACGUGAGUGCUAUUGUUCUUGCAAAUCUCUGUGUUUCAUACAUCAUGACUUCACAAAAUGAAGAAGCAGAAGAGAUGAUGAGGAAGAUAGAAAAAGAAGAGGAACAUUUGGCAUAUGAUGAUCCAGACAAAAAACUGUUUCACUUAUGUAUCGUAAAUCUUGUAAUUGGAACAUUAUACUGUGCAAAGGGGAAUUACGAAUUUGGAAUCUCACGUGUUAUAAAAAGUUUGGAGCCAUACAACAAGAAGCUAGGCACUGACACAUGGUUCUAUGCAAAGAGAUGUUUCCUGUCACUUAUCGAAAAUCUAGCAAAGCAUAUGAUCGUAACAAGGGAUUCAGUUUUCCAGGAGUGUGUUCAAUUUCUGGAACACUGUGAAACGUAUGGUAAAGAUGUGAAGACCAUUAUUGAACAGCCUCUUGAAGAGUCACAUCUACAUCAGGGCAAGAACACAGUCACUUAUGAGGCCAGACUUCUAAAGGCUCUGCUGUUGCGCUUGCAGAUGUACUGACGUUAAUUCUUGUAUAUGUAUUAGGCUAGACAAUAUGUUUUAGCCUAAUUCACGUCCAAGUGUCAGAUUAGACUUGUGGGCAAAGCAGUAAUGGCCAAUCCAGAGUAUCACCAGUGUUUUAGGUUAGAAUAGUAAUGCCUCUUUUCAUUGUAUAUAAAAAAUCAUUAUGUUUUUCAGUUUGUCAUAUUCUGUACUUUGCUGCAUGAAUAUUUGAAUCACAUUUGAGAGAAUGUUAAGUUAUUCUGUGACUGAAGUAAGAGAGGUUAUGUUUGCUUCAAAUGGUACCUGCCAUUUGUGGGAGCAAGUGUGAAAAGAAAACUUAUAUAAAUAAUAUUUAAGUAUAAUGAAAGAUUAAUAUAUCUGUAGUUGAUCAUUGUGACAGUUGCAGUGAGAAAUAUAUUCGACACUGAAAGGUAGUAACCAUAUUGUCACUGUCAUGUAAGAAGAACCGAACUGCAUUUUAUGAUUUGAGAAACAUGAGUUUUUAAGUUGUUCUUGCACCUGUAUCUAAACAAUACUUAAUGUGUAAGCAAGUUAAUAAAACUGUAUUGUAUUUGGCAUUUUAA